CGCCCCUGUUGCAGGUCUCCAUGGUCAGGUUCAAGAAUCGCUGGCUUCUUGUGGAAUUCAUACCCUAUCCCGACGGCCUUCUCUCAACCCCGUCUGUGCAAGCUAAAGAAACGCUCAACGGCAAACUCAUAUUCGCUGCGCUGAAACAAAGCGUUCUGCAAAACUUUGGGGACUCGGGCUGGGGAGCAGUUGGAUACUCGUUGACAGUCAAGUACUACUCGCCGACCACACGUCUCUGCAUAAUUCGCGUGGGCCGCGAACAUGUACGCACUGCGUGGGGUGCUCUGACGCUUUUGAACUCCAUCGAAGGCCAGCGCGUGAUCCCGAACGUCAUCCACGUCUCCGGGACCAUCAAACACGCUCAGAUUGCCGCUAUAGAACACAAUCGAGUUGUUAUUGCAAGAUAUCGGGCGAUUGCGAAGACCCCGGCCGGCUACACUGACUCAUAUGAAGCUUUCCUGGAGACGACUACCAAUGAAAUCAACGCCCUCCAAGAUUGAAAGCUUGAAUGAUCACUAGGUUAUCCCCCUCCGCCAUCGAUUGCGUUCACGAGAAGGCAAUUCACCUGUGGCCGCUAUGGAGUCUGGCUGAUGCGCGGUGUCGCGUGAUUAGCUUGAUGUCGACCACUCCUUCGACGUUCGCUGCUACGAAGAUUGGCGGCACCCAAAGUGCCACGGACCUGAUUAUGAAGAUCAUUCCUGGAUUCACCGGCCCAACUGGCAAGAUGGCGUGAUUAUAGCAGAAUAUCCUGCCGCCUUAACAGUGAUGUGGUAGCAUCGAUGACCGACGGGCGAGGAUGAUGAAGUGUAUGGCUAUUCGUACAAUUCUAUUGUUUCGUGUUCCUGACUAGAACGCAUUGACUAAUUCAAAGGG